AUGACGAUAUACCUGACCUCGAUUAGAGCACAGCUUCUGCCAUCCAAGAGGCACGCUUCUGCAAUUACAGUACAUGUACCUCCCUACUUUCCCGAACCAGGUUUUCCUAGAAGGGGUGACCAGAGAUGGAACAACGCCAAGUGGAAAGGUGGGAUGUCAGCACACGGUCACGGGUUCCUCAUGGUUGCCGAGACAAUACGGGAGCAUCGUCAAGAUCCACCUUCAUACCUUGGAACUGAUGCUGCGCUUUCCCAUUCUGGAAGUUUGGACAUGUUCCUUCAAGACGGACCAUGA